UGAAGCUCAAUGUUCUCCCAAACAGAAAGGGACGAGACUUGCCUGAGAACACAUGGGUCGUUCUCGUUUCCUUCUUCUUCUUACCUUGUCUUUUGUUGUAUCUUUGAGGUUUUGUUUGUGUGUGGAUGUACUCUCGUUCUCUACUGAGCUCAAAGACUCAGAGACGCUCGUGUCCAGCCCCAGCACUUUCAGGUUUGGUUUCUUCAGUCCGGUUAACUCCAAGGGUCGCUACGCUGGAGUUUGGUUCAAUAACAUUCCUGCGCAGAAGCAGGCUGUAGUUUGGGUAGCAAACAAAGACAGCCCGAUCAACGACUCUUCGGGAAAGAUUCUGAUAUCCAAAGACGGGAACCUCGUGGUUAUAGAUGGUCGUGGACACGUUCACUGGUCCACGAACCUCUCACGACCAUUAGGAUCUCCCAACACCACACACGCAAGGCUUCUGAGUACAGGGAACCUCGUACUUCAAGAAGGAGAUAAGAAACUGUGGGAGAGUUUCGAGCAUCCUCAGAACGCGUUCUUACCAACAAUGACCAUCUCCACCGACGCAAGAACGGGGAAGAGACUCAUCCUCAGAUCGUGGAAAAGCCUAUCUGAUCCUUCGCCAGGACGCUACUCAGCCGGUGUGAUUCCUUUACCGUUUCCAGAGCUCGCCUUGUGGAAAGACGGUCUUAUGCUGUGGCGUAGCGGCCCGUGGAAUGGUCAAAACUUCCUCGGACUACCGGAGAGGGACUCGCGUAUCGAUCUAUACGGGUUUAAACUUGCUAAUGACAACAGAGGAUCCGUCUCCAUGUCCUUUGGUUAUAACCAAUCCAUGUAUCAUUUCCUCUUGGACACCGAGGGGCACGCGAUGGAGAAGUACUGGAGCGAGGCUAACCAAGAAUGGAGUUCGGGGUUGAUGUUUCCGAUAAACUGCGAUAUAUAUGCUAAAUGUGGCCAGUUCACUAGCUGCCAAUCCGGUUUAGACCCGCCUUGUAAGUGUAUUAAAGGGUUUGAGCCGCGGAGCUACCAGGAGUGGAACAGGGGGAACUGGACUCAGGGAUGCGUGAGAAAGACCCUGUUGCAGUGCCAGAGGGCCAACAAUAAUGGAAGUAGAGAGGGUGAUGGUUUUUUGAGGUUGAAGAAGAUGAAAGUUCCCAACAAUCCACAGCGGUCUGAAGUCAACGAGCAAGACUGUCCUGGAAGCUGUCUGAGAAACUGUUCUUGUACUGCUUACUUUUAUGACACAGGGUUGGGCUGUCUUCUGUGGAGCGGAGACUUGAUCGACAUGCAAGAGUUUUUAACCUCUGGCGUUACACUUCACGUCCGUUUAGCUGGUUCUGAACUCAAAACCUCCAGCAACCGAUCACUUGUGAUCGUAAUCACGAUAGUAGGAUGCGCGUUUCUUGUUGCGGUGAUUGUUCUUUUAGCACUGAGGAAGGUAGCAAAGCGUAGAGAGAAAACCAGAAACGCGAGGUUACUGUUUGAGAGAAUGGAAGCUUUAAAUAGUAACGAGUCCGGAGCCAUCGCUGUGAAUCAAAACAAGCUUAAAGAGCUACCGUUGUUCGAGUAUCAAGUUUUAGCUGCAGUUACUGAAAACUUCGCUGUCACAAACAAGCUAGGAGAAGGAGGGUUUGGUUCCGUUUACAAGGGGAAGUUACGAGAAGGGCAAGAGAUCGCUGUGAAGAGGCUCUCACAAACCUCUGGACAAGGACUAGACGAGUUUGUUAACGAGGUGGUUGUGAUCUCUAAGCUGCAACACCGGAACCUCGUGAGAUUGCUUGGUUUCUGCAUUGAAGGAGAAGAAAGGAUGCUGGUCUAUGAGUUCAUGCCAGGGAACUCUUUGGAUGCAUGCUUAUCUGACCCGGUGAAGCAAAGACUUCUUGACUGGAAGACUCGGUUUAACAUAAUAGAUGGGAUCUGUAGAGGUCUUAUGUACCUUCACAGAGAUUCAAGACUGAGGAUCAUACACAGAGAUCUCAAAGGCAGUAAUAUUUUGUUAGAUGAGAAUCUAAACCCCAAGAUAUCUGAUUUUGGACUCGCCAGGAUCUUCCGGGGGAAUGAGGAUGAAGCGAGCACCCUAAGAGUGGUUGGAACAUAUGGUUAUAUGGCACCUGAGUAUGCAUUGGGAGGGCUAUUCUCGGAGAAGUCAGAUGUUUUCAGCUUAGGAGUCAUACUAUUGGAGAUUGUGAGUGGAAGAAGAAACUCAAGCUUUAACAAUGAUGACCAGAAUCUGAACCUCUCAGCUUAUGCAUGGAAACUAUGGAAUGAUGGAGAAGCCACCACUCUUGUGGAUCCUGUCAUCCUUGAAGAGUGUUUUGAAAACCAAAUACGAAGAUGUGUGCACAUAGGACUAUUGUGUGUGCAAGAUCACGCUAAUGAUAGACCGAGCGUUUCGACCGUGAUUUGGAUGCUAAGUACAGAGAACUCAAACCUUCCCGAGCCGAAGCAGCCAGCGUUUAUAGCUAGAAGGGUAUCACCGGACGCUGAAUCACCUUGGGAAAGUGAGCAAAGAGCAUCUAUCAACAAUGUGAGCAUCACUGAAAUCAUAGGACGUUAGCUCUGUAAGUUGCAUAGAAACCUGAUACUAAAGAAUAUAUUAACAAGCUAAUUAAGCUGUAUUUUUUUGUAUGUAAGAGUAAUCUGUAGGAUUAAAGCUUCAAAUAUUUGGAAUCUAGAAAGUUUAUUGUA